AACUGGUUUGUGUGUGGGACCUUUCCAGCCAGGUUUGGAGAUGGAUUAUAUGACUCCUAUAUGAGGAUAGAUGAGUGUAGAUACCAAGAGUCUGCAAAUGAAGAACGGAGCCCUUCAGGACUUCCUUCUCUUUCAAGACCUCAUGUUUCUAUCAACAAACUCAUGAUGAAGGAUCACCCUCUGACUGGAAAUCAGGUCAAAGUGGAGCAGUUAUUUGAGGACUCUGGCAACAGAAGGAGCAGUGCUCUUCAGUCUGCAGGACUUACUUCAGAAAGACCUCUCCCUUCCUUGACAAAAGAUAAAACCCUAGAGGGCCUGAAUUCUAGGGGCAAUGGAAGCUCCUUCAAAGCRCCUAAAGUGGUUUCCCAAGCUCCAGAGCAAGCUGUCAAACAGUUCAAACAUCAGUUAUCAGCUUAYGAGCAGCAGGAGAUCUUCAGUUUCUCCGAGAUUUACUUUGUGGGUCCGACUGCAAAAAAGAGGCAGGGGGUCAUCGGGGGCCCCAACAACAGUGGCUACGAUGAUGACCAAGGCAGCUACAUCCACGUGCCCCACGACCACCUUGCCUACAGGUAUGAAGUGCUCAAAAUCAUUGGMAAGGGCAGUUUUGGGCAAGUUGCCAAAGUCUACGACCACAAACUCCAGCAACACCUGGCCUUAAAGAUGGUUCGCAAUGAGAAGAGGUUCCACCGCCAAGCUGCCGAGGAGAUCAGGAUACUGGAGCACCUGAAGAAGCAGGAUAAAACAGGCAGUAUGAAUGUUAUCCACAUGCUGGAAAGCUUCACCUUUCGGAACCACAUCUGCAUGACCUUUGAACUCUUGAGUAUGAACCUGUAUGAGCUGAUUAAAAGGAAUAAGUUUCAGGGCUUCAGCCUCCAGCUGGUUCGGAAGUUUGCUCACUCCAUCUUGCAGUGUUUGGAUGCCCUUUAUAAAAACAAAAUCAUCCACUGUGACUUGAAGCCGGAAAAUAUCCUCCUAAAACAGCAAGGGAGGAGUGGAAUCAAGGUGAUAGAUUUUGGGUCCAGCUGUUUUGAGCACCAAAGAGUCUACACUUACAUCCAGUCCCGGUUUUAUCGGGCGCCAGAGGUGAUCCUGGGRAGCCGCUAUGGGAUGCCCAUAGACAUGUGGAGUUUUGGCUGUAUUCUGGUGGAGCUUUUAACUGGCUACCCUCUCUUUCCCGGAGAGGACGAGGGAGACCAACUGGCCUGCAUGAUGGAACUUCUUGGUAUGCCACCUCAGAAGCUUUUGGAUCAAUCCAAACGAGCCAAGAACUUCAUCAACUCCAAGGGUCACCCCCGUUACUGCACGGUGACGACGCAGCCGGACGGGAAGGUGACCCUGAGCGGGAGCCGCUCGCGCCGGGGCAAAGUGCGGGGUGCCCCAGGGAACAAGGACUGGGUGACGGCUCUGAAGGGCUGUGAUGACCCCUUGUUCAUAGGUUUCCUGAAGGAAUGCCUCAGUUGGGAUCCUGCWGCACGCAUGAUUCCCAGCCAGGCCCUGCGGCACCCCUGGAUUUGUAAACGGGUGCCCAGAGCAGCCAGCAUGGAGAAAAGCUCCGGCAGACGGAUUUCCAGCUAUUCCGGUUCCUUCCAAGGGAUUGGAAGCAAGUUGCCUCCYGUGGCUGGAGUCUCCAGCAAGCUGAGGGCCAGUCUGGCUGCUGASCCCAAUGGCAGCAUCCCUCUGUGUACUGUGCUCCCCAAACUGGUCAGCUAGUGGGGAGCGCUGGGUUCCCAGGAUCCACCCCUCGUGGGUGUCCAUGCCAUGGGGUGAAAUCAAAUGCAGAGGGUUUUAAUGGAUUUACUUUUUUUUUUAGAGGCACAGUCUUGAAUAUUGGAAGAGCAGUCCAAAAUGUACACAUCAAGGGCUAACUUUUAUCCAGUUGCUUCACUCACACCUGGUGCUUUUUCCAUCGCUGAGGGUUCAGCUCAGCUGRGGGGUACAGGGACAGUUUGGCAGAUGUGCUGUUUCAAAAUGCUGGUUUAGAAAUCAAACCAUUUCUUAUCAUGGUUUAACAGGUUUUUUUUUUUCUUAAGACAGGAAGGAAACUUGAUUUAAACUCCAUGUUUUUAGUUAUCUCCAGCUGAACUCCUUUUGUUCCAGGAAAAGUUUUUAAAUCUCUUUUAAAAGCACAAAUGCAUUAAUGUAAUGCAUUAGGAACUUUACCUGCAAAUUGCUUAAGUUUGAAGAAUUUUAUUUCUCUGCAUUGCUUUUCCCUUAUCUAUCCUGGGAUUUAAAAAAAUGUCAUGGGAUGUAGACACCAAAGGAAUUGGUUAUUGGAAAAGAAAAUACUCAGAUGAUAAAAUUUCAAAGGAGGGUAGAAAUGCCAUGAAACACAGGAUAUAGCUAAAUGAAACUACUAAUUUCUGUAACACUUGCUAUUUUCCCCUAAAAUCUAUGGAAAACUUGUAAGGGGAUUUGGGAUCAGGCCUGGUCCAUCACGAGAAUUUGGGAUCAGGCCUGGUCCAUCACAAGUGUGAGCCAGUUUGUUCAGGUAAUGAUUGAAUUAUUCUGUUUCUUUGGAGCUCAGAUUUCCAUCAUCAGUUCAGCCAGGUGCAUGUGUCUUUGUUUUUCCUGUGUUUCUAAAACAAAAAAAUGUUGAACUUCCAAGAGCUGGUUUAUAUCCAUGUUUGAGAUUCUGGUAAUUGCAAAAAAAAAAUUAUCUCUUUGUGUAGAGUGAAUUCCAUUGAAUUACAUGAAGCUCUUUUAAUAAAAAUGCAAACAUGCCACCCCUGUCAGAAAAGUAAAACUUUUUCAGGCCCARGGCUGUGCUGGAAAAUGAGGGAGGGGGGAACACACAGAUAAAUCUCAGUCUGGGGCAACAUUACCAGGGAAGACUCAUAAGGUACAGAAGYAGCAGAUCCAAAUGAAAAUAUUGAAUGGGAAGCGUGGCUUUAUUUCGAAUUGCCUUCCUUCAGGCCUUUGGGUGCCUGCAUUUCCUCAUUCUUGAGCUACAUGAGCUUGAAUUUGCUCUUCCUUUAUCUUCCCAGAACACUGCAGGGUGGUGUGACCUGUCACAGCCACAGCACAGCUUGUUGGGGUUGUUCCUUCUUGCAGCCUCGUGGCUCCAGAACCAUCUGAUCCCUUGCCAAGUGCCUGAACACGACUYUAAAUGCAAUUUAGAGCUUUUAUGAAGAGAAGGUUUUACAUUUAAUGGCUUUCUCUGCAGCAGGUUUUGAAUGSUAAAGGAGGGAGGCUCUCAGUGUGCAAACAGAGGAGGUACCAGGGUGAUUUUUAAGAUAAGGUGAGCAAAUGUUCAGUAGUGGUACAUCCCCUACGGGGAUGGGGCUGCAUUUUGGCCUCUCUGGGUAAUUGCAGCACUGCUGAAAUGCUGGGUGGAGCCUGCAGAAAACCUCAAAAAGACACAGCCAAAAUACUCCAAAGGACUUUAAACUGAGGUUCCCAGGAGCUGAAAUUGUGUGGAGCUUUUCUGAGUUGUUUUGUUUUACAAGUGUCAAUUCAAUGAGCUCGGUAAUGAUAUUAAAAUAACAGUCUGGCCUUUCUCCGUGCUGCCAGCAGUGGAUGGGCUGCUCAUGGGUCACUUAAAACAACACACAGUCAGUAUUUUUUAUUUGGCUUGGCUGAGUGAAGUUUUAUUUGAAUGAAGAACCACGGAGGUGGAUUCUGGGGGGAAGUGGCAGAAGAUACCAUCGAAUUUAGUAGAAUCUCAUAGAUUUGGCACCUUUUCAGAAACCAGAAAUCUUUUUGUUCCUUGUCUGCUCUCUGCAUUUCCUUUUAACAAAACAUGCCUGGGGAGUGAGGAGAAAGGAACCUUUCRAGUGGGAAAGUUGCAUGGAAAAGUAUUUUCUAUAGAGAAUAUAAGGUGAUGGUGGGGAUGAAGCCUGGCAGAAGGAGCAGAGUUGGUGAGCUGGGAGAUGUAAAAACAGGGCCCAGGGUCUAAAUAAUUUUGUCUAUAAGGUGCUAAGGUAGGAGAAUAAAAAUUAAUAAUAAUAAUAAUAAUAAUAAUAAUAAUAAUAAUAAUAAUAAUAAUAAUGAUAAUAAAGAGUCUGACAUCUGGGAAGAAGUCACUGUGAGGGAACUCCUGCUGUGGCAGCCUCUGGUGCACACACAGAAAUCUUGCUGGAGGCUGGGGCUGUGAAGCUGCAGAUAAAGUAAUUAACUGGCAAAACCAUGGCUUUUCAUCUAGAAAAUGUGUUCAGCGUGCMCUGACUGCACAAAGUGCCUGUGUUUGUUUUAGGCUGGGUUUUACUUACUCGGGACCACUAUAUUUGAAAAUCAAAUGUGUAUUUAAGUGAAUUGCUAAUUUGGGUGAGCAGGAAAAGCAGCCUCAGCAGAUAUUUCCUGAGUUGAAAACCUCUUCCUAACCCAGGAGACGUGGCUGAGGAUACUGGGGUCUUGUUUCCAGUCACUAAUCCCAAUUUCUUCAUUGAUAAUUUGCUUUUGGGAAUUGGAGCAGGAGUUUUSCAGCCCCAGGUGGGGGUUGCACCCUGGGCUGUGUCGCUGUCAUUUAUCAGGGGYGGUGACAGUCCCGGUGUCUGUGCUCCCCAGAUAUGGCAAAACCUCCAAGUCACACUUGUUUUUGGGAAAGCCAAACAUUGGGGAGGUCUGAAAUCACCAGAACCCAUCCCUGUCGUUCAUUCUGCUGCUGCUGAGAAUGCUGAAAGCAGCCUAAAAUUAAAAAUGUCUGAAUAGGUUCAGAGCAGCUUUUAUUUUUGUGGUAACUUUGCUUUGUUGAUCUGCCAGCACUAGAACCUGAGUCAUGUUCUGCUCAGAAGUUCCCACAAAACACAUGCAAAUCACUGGUGUUUACAGCAUAUCAAGCAUUGCAUUUCUAAGAGUCACCCAAACUUGUUUUAAAACGUUCCUCAUGUUUUCCUGCCCUGUGAGAGAGAGGUGUAAAUAACAACUGCUCGUUGUCUGCAGUUCCACCUGUUUGGCUCAGCGAGAUUUUUAUAUAAAUCAUUGUAAGGGCAUGAGCAGCACACCUGAAAUACCCAACCCCAAAUCUAGAGAUCUUCUGGGUACAACAGACACUUCUCACUGGUGGUUUUUAUCCUCCCAGMCAGCUGGAAUGGGAAUCCUGGUUGACCAGUGACCUAAGAAUUCGCAGCAGAUAAUUAGAUUUAAUAUGACUUUUGUGGAAGAGUGUGUUGCUUACGAUCUUUUUUACCUGUUAGGAUUUUCACACAGUUGAAAACUUUUUAUGCAGCUGCAGAACUCCUUUGCAAUGCUCAUCUUCAAAACUACCUCUCAAAACACGGGGUCCUUUUUUCAAGAGCUGCUCACUGCAGGCUGCAGCUCUCCUGGUUUUUUUGUUUUUUUUUCUUGUUUAAUUCUGAUGGCUGUUCUGGCUGUGAAACGUAUAUAUGAUGAUCUCAGCAAUGUCUUGCUAAUCCCAGGCACACAAGCAAAAGGCUGAUGCUGCACCCAGAGAUCUCUGCUGAAAUGAUACAAAUCCCCUUGCCUGCCAAAGUUGAAUUCCGUUGUGGAAGUGGAGAGCCAAAAUAAUAUGGAAAGAUCUGCGGAACUUGUGCGCGGCACCAGCUGAGAUUGAAAACAAACCGUGCUCAAAGAYUUUAAUGAAAAAUCCUGUGGUUUCUGCUCGGGGCUGUGGGUGCCUGGCAGGUUUGGGGACAGUGGGAUUUUAUAUUGGUGCUUCUCAGAAUCCUGGAAUCACUGAGGCUGCAAAAGCCCUCCAGGAUCAUCGAUCCCAAACUGUGCCCGAUCCCAGCUCAUCACCCAAACCUAUAUCCUGGACGCCUCCAGGGAUGGGGACCCCAAAUCUCCCUGGCAGCCCCUUCCCAGGCCGGGCCACCCUUUCCAUGAGGAAAUUCCCGCUGAUGUCCACCCUGAGCCUCCCCUGGCCCAGCCUGAGGCCGUUCCCUCUCCUCCUGUCCYUGUUCCUGGGAUCAGAUCCCAAAUCCCCCCCGGCUGCCCCCUCCUGUCAGGGAGUUGUGCAGAGCCACAAGGUCACAGGCAUCACUCGAUUUUUAUUUUUUUUUUUUUAUUAUUUUAACAAAGGUUUGUAGAAAUAAAUAAAUACACCUCCAACAUCCCAUCMGAGAGCCCUCGUGUUCUGAAACACCAAGGAAGCGUUCCAGCUCUGUAAUUCCCCCUGUGCCGGGUGAAAUCCCUGGCUCCUCAUGGAGAGCUGAUUGUUUUCCUGGAUUUUUUAUUCCAAAUGAGUUCCUAGAGGGGCUGGCAGGGUCUGUGCUGCCCCAGAGCCCCCACGCACAACACUCAGGGUUUUACCAUCCUCCAUCUGCCUCGCUGCAGCUGAGUUCCUCUUCAGGGGUUCUUAAAUGCUCAAACUAAAUAUCAGCGUCCACAGAAACUGCAGGUUUGCCUUUUUAUUAUGAAUAUUGUGAUGAGGUGUAAAAGGGUGGGGGAAUGUGGAUAUAAACUCGCUGUGGAGGAACAUUCUGGAAAGCAGUCAGUCUCAAAGYGUAUCUCAAUGUAAUGAGCAGAUUUCUUAAAGCUGUACUUUGGGUCAUUUUUAAAAGAAAAUAAACACAUCGU